AUGUUCUUAAUCUGUUCAUUAUCUAUCUAUCUAUCUAUCUAUCUAUCUAUCUAUCUAUCUGUUAAGAAACGGAAACUACUUACGACUCAACCUAAUCUAUCUAUCUAUCUAUCUAUCUAUCUAUCUAUCUAUCUAUCUAUCUAUCUAUCAUAUGCUAGUGUGUUCCAUUUAACUACCACUAUUUUCUUUCUUUCUUUUGCAGUAAAUUCAUUCGGCCUGAGUCCCUCGGAAAGAGAACGUUCAAUCCGACAGAAUAUCCCCAGUCGGGAUUACUCUACAAUGUCUCGACCCAUGGAUAUGGUUGAAGUUGAUCUCAGCGUUCACCUACUUAUGGUCAGCGACUUGGUUUUAUUCUCGUUCGUAUUGAAUUAUUUUCUCUCAAUUUUCUACUUUUUUUUUGCUCUUGUUUUUCUUUCUCUCUCUCUCUCUCUCUCUCUCUCUCUCUCUCUCUCUCUCUCUCUCUCUCUCUCUCUCUCUCUCUUCCUAUCUAUGUAUCUAUCUUUAUCCUCUUUGUGCCUUACUCUUUGCUUAUAUAUCUCCGUCCUUUUAACCAUGUACACCCUAUCUCUCUCUUGUUUCUUUCUCUUUAUCUCUCUUCAAUCCUAG